GUGAGCUGAGCGGCGCCGGAAGGCCACGGUGGUGGAGACCUCGUGGAGGACGCGGCAGGAUGGGGCAGACGGGGCGGUCUCGGCACCAGAAGCGCGCGCGAGCCCAGGCGCAACUGCGCAACCUUGAAGCCUACGCCGCACAGCCGCACUCGUUCGUGUUCGCUCGGGGCCGCGCGGGUCGCGGUAUCCGGCAGCUCAGCCUGGACUUGCGGCGGGUCAUGGAGCCACUCACCGCCACCCGCCUGCAGGUACGGAAGAAAAACUCUUUGAAGGAUUGUGUGGCAGUGGCUGGACCCCUUGGGGUCACACACUUCCUGAUCUUGAGCAAAACGGAAACCAAUAUUUACUUUAAACUGAUGCGCCUCCCAGGAGGCCCCACUUUGACCUUCCGGAUCAACAAGUACACACUGGUACGGGAUGUGGUCUCCUCCUUGCGACGGCACCGCAUGCACGAACAACAGUUUUCCCACCCACCCCUUCUGGUGCUCAAUAGCUUUGGCCCCCAUGGCAUGCAUGUGAAGCUCAUGGCCACCAUGUUUCAGAACCUGUUUCCCUCCAUCAAUGUGCACAAGGUGAACCUCAACACUAUCAAACGCUGCCUUCUCAUCAACUACAACCCUGACUCCCAGGAGCUGGAUUUCCGUCACUAUAGCAUCAAAGUCGUCCCCGUGGGUGCAAGUCGUGGGAUGAAGAAGCUUCUCCAGGAAAAGUUCCCCAACAUGAGCCGCCUUCAGGACAUCAGCGAGCUGCUGGCCACGGGUGCAGGGCUGUCAGAGAGCGAGGCAGAGCCAGACGGUGAGCAUAACAUCACUGAGCUGCCACAGGCCAUCGCCGGGCGAGGCAACAUGAGGGCACAGCAGAGUGCUGUCCGGCUCACUGAGAUUGGCCCUCGAAUGACAUUGCAGCUCAUCAAGAUCCAGGAGGGCGUUGGGGAGGGGAAUGUGCUGUUCCACAGUUUUGUGCACAAGACUGAGGAGGAGCUGCAGGCUAUCCUGGCAGCCAAGGAGGAGAAGUUGCGACUCAAGGCCCAGAGGCAAGACCAGCAAGCCCAGAACGUCCAACGCAAACGGGAACAGCGAGAGGCCCACAAGAAGAAGAGUCUGGCAGGCAUGAAGAAGGCAACGGUGGCUGACGGGGACAGUGAUGCUGAGGACCCCGGGGCUCCUCCUGAGGCAGAGGGGGCCAGCCCGCAGGAAGAGGAGGAUGAACUGGAGUAUUUCCGCCAGGCGGUGGGCGAGGAACCUGAUGAGGACAUGUUCCCAACAGCAGCCAAGAAGAGACAGCCUGCCUGGCCCCCAGGCAAAAAGCAGCGGGUAAAGAAGCAGAGGCUGGACCAAGGGGGUGCCACAACCUGUCCAGUCAACAUUUCAGCACCUGUUGAUCGUACCCUCCAUGAGGUCCAGGAAAAAUUUCUGUGGCCCAUUCUAUUGGCUGAGUUCUUGGUAGCCCUAGCUGGCAAUGGCCUGGCCCUAUACCGUUUCAGCACAAGGGAGCCACGCCCAUGGCACCCAGUUGUGGUCUUCUUGGUCCAGCUGGCUGUCAGUGACCUGCUCUAUGCCCUGACGCUGCCCCCUCUGGCUGCCUACUUCUACCCCCCCAAGCACUGGCGCUACGGGGAGGCUGCAUGCCGCCUGGAGCGCUUCCUUUUCACCUGCAACCUGCUGGGCAGUGUCAUCUUCAUUACCUGCAUCAGCCUCAACCGCUACCUGGGUGUCGUCCACCCCUUCUUUACCCACAGCCGUCUGCAGCCAAAGCACACCUGGGCCAUCAGUACUGCUGGCUGGGUGGUGGCAGCCUUGCUGGCCGCUCCCACACUCAGCUUCUCCCAUCUGAAGGGGCCACAAGAAGGCAACUGCACCGUGGAUAGGCCUGAGGCUUGCAUCAAAUGCCUGGGGACAGCAGAUGACAACCAUUUGGAGGCCUACAGAGCCUACAGCCUGGUGCUGGCAACACUGGGCUGUGGCCUGCCAUUGCUGCUCACCUUGGUGGCCUACAGCGCCCUUGGGCAUGCUUUGCUGCACAGCCACAGCAUGACGGUGGCUGAGAAGCUGCGGGUAGCAGUGCUGGUAGCCAGCGGAGUGGUCCUCUAUGCUAGCUCCUAUGUGCCCUACUAUGUCACCUGGGUGCUCAACAUACAUGCCCGGCAGCAGUGGAGAGCCCGCUGCCCAGACUUUGUGAACAACGCCCAGGCCAUGGAGGAGCUGGACUGGGGGACCUACGUGAGUCAUCAAGUUGCACGAGGCCUCAUACCCCUGGCCAUCUGCAUCCACCCACUGCUCUACAUGGCUGUCGCACCCAGCCUGGGCUCCUGCCGCCAACACUGCCUCAGCUGCAUCAGGAGGCAAACCCCAGAAGACACUAAGAGCUCCAGCCAAGCCCUGUCUCUUGGUGUUACGGCUGCCCCCCAAUCUGCACAGCCUCAGUCCCUAAGCUGAGUCAGUGACCUGGACCAUGUGUAGCUUCCU